UAUAUAUCGAUAGAUGAGAGCAUUAUUAUUUGUAUAAGUAUGAUUUAUGGCGCAGAUCGAACCGAAUAAAGGAGCUAGCUAGCUAGAAAACAAAGUAUAGAACGAAAGGAAAAGGCAAAGGGCGUGUUUGGGCAGCUGCUAGCUUGAAGAGAAGAAAAUUGAUUCAAAAAGCUAGCGCUAGCUGCUAGUAAAGGACGAAAAGAAUGGAAGAGCACCAGCAGCAGCAGCUGAGCUCCUUGGCAGUUACUCAUCUUCUUCAACAUACCCUCAGAAGCUUGUGCAUCCAUGAAAGCUCGCAGUGGGUAUACGCUGUUUUCUGGAGAAUUUUGCCCAGAAACUAUCCUCCUCCCAAGUGGGACACCCAAGGAAGUGCUUAUGACAGGUCAAGAGGCAAUAGAAGAAACUGGAUACUAGUCUGGGAAGAUGGGUUUUGUAACUUUGCGGCGGCGGCGGAGAUGAAUGCGGAAGAGUGUGGGGCGGGACAUGAUGGGCUUCAGCCGGAACUCUUCUUUAAGAUGUCUCACGAGAUAUACAACUACGGCGAAGGAAUGAUUGGAAAAGUUGCGGCAGAUCACAGCCAUAAAUGGAUUUAUAAAGAACCAAAUGAUCAAGAAAUCAACUUCUUGUCUGCAUGGCAUCACUCUGCUGACUCUCAUCCGAGGACUUGGGAAGCUCAGUUUCGAUCUGGUAUUAAGACCAUAGCUUUGAUUGCUGUUAGAGAAGGUGUUAUCCAACUGGGAGCCGUUCAUAAGGUUAUUGAAGACUUGAGUUACGUGGUGCUACUGAGAAAGAAGCUGAGCUACAUAGAGAGCAUCCCGGGAGUCCUCCUCCCACACCCAUCUUCAUCAGCCGCCUACCCCAUCAAGGUCGACGCCGCCUACGGUGUGACCCCG